GUCGGCUAACACUUUCUGGCCUUUUGACUGGCAUCAUUCAUCUACCAUGAUAUUUGAUGCGACCACUACUUUGCAUGAGGUGAUUAUAUUGACAAACCAGUUGCUGGAAAUAUAGGUUUAGGCUGCGCCCCGUUGGCCCAUUAUUUAAUUACGCCUUGUGGUCUCUUUGCCCCCUUAUUAAUGGCCCCCUUCAGGCUGCUCACCUUAGAGGUAGAACGCAAGUUCAGCCGACUUGCCGUGCAGCCAUUGACUCUUGCCGGAGGACACCUGCUAUUUCGAAGUCUGUGGUACUUGGGUUUAUGCUCUAUGCAUGAUAUAUACUAUGAUUUAGAUGGCCUGCUAUCCUCGAAAGGCAUUUGGGUCCGCAAAAAAGACGGUGACUGGGAAGCUAAAAUAAAAGAUAGUAGAAAUUUCCAGAAUUCUAGAUUCAUGAAGAUGUGUAAUCUAGAGGAAAUCUCUUGUUACCUGAAACUUUCUACGGACACCAUGGAUUUUAAUAAUUACAUGGUCAGGAAAGAAGAACACGCUCUGAGACUAGAAAAGAUAGACUUCCGGAUCCACGGAUUUAUGAUUUGUUAUACAUGGGCAUUUCAUGUGGGCUAA